AUGAGUGGAGACCCCCACCACAGUAUCGGGGAAGAUCAUGAUCAACGUCAACCCAGCUCCAUGGCUGAAAACGUUGACAAGAAAAUCAGUCUUCCCAUGUCUCCGUUAUCGCUUUCCGAUUCUCAGCUGUCCGGUACCACGCCGCUUACAGAGCGGGCUAUGGCUUCUAUUGCUCCGAUGUUGGAGAGUUUCAAGCCCAAGACGUCCAAGGAGGAGGCUCAAUACAUCACUGAUAGAUUAAGAGAUUUACAUACUGCCCAAUCAGGUAAUGGUGGCAGCAGCAGUAUUAAUGGUAAUAAUGGUGGUGUUAAUGGUGGUAGUCCUAAUGGUAGUGGGUCUGAUAUUGCUGUGCCACCUGUUGAAGUGACGCUUGACGAUUUAAGUAAGAUCAGAAAGACCAUUUCCAACAGUUCCAGUGCCUCUAGGAGAUCGUUUUCCACCCCCAGAGACCUAUCUACCAGAUUGCCGUUUGUGGGGAAGAUUGGGGUUUGUGCCAUGGAUGCUAAGGCUAUGUCUAAACCGUGUCGUCGGAUUUUAAGUAGAUUAAUUGAAAAUGGGGAAUUUGAAACCAUUAUAUUCGGAGAUAAAGUUAUAUUGGAUGAAGCUAUUGAAAACUGGCCCACUUGUGAUUUCUUGAUUUGUUUCUUUUCUGCUGGGUUCCCAUUAGAUAAAGCCAUUGCUUAUGCUGAUUAUAGAAAGCCGUAUAUCAUCAAUGAUUUAAGGCUACAAAAGACUUUGUGGGAUAGAAGAUUGGUGUUGGCCAUUUUGAACAAGGCUCAAGUGGCUACGCCUGAAAGACUUGAAAUUAGUAGAGAUGGAGGUCCACAUUUGGAUCCGGAUUUAUUACUUAAAAUGAAGGAAAUCGAGUUCACUGACACAGAAUUGACUUCAUUGACUUCUCAAGUAGAACCGGAAUGGGACAUGGUUGAUGAUGAUACUUUGCGUGUUGGUGAUAAGAUUAUGAAGAAACCAUUUGUUGAAAAACCAGUGGAUGGGGAAGACCAUAAUGUCUAUAUAUAUUAUCCUAAAUCCACUGGAGGUGGUGGUAGAAGGUUAUUCCGGAAAAUUGGUAAUAAGUCUUCUGAAUUUGACCCGGAGUUAACAUCCCCCAGAACAGACGGUUCAUUCAUAUAUGAAAAGUUUAUGGAUACCGAUAAUUUUGAGGAUGUUAAGGCAUACACUGUGGGCCAAGGGUUUUGUCAUGCUGAGACCCGGAAAUCUCCGGUGGUUGACGGGAUAGUCCGAAGAAAUACUCAUGGGAAGGAAAUAAGGUAUGUUACCAAAUUAUCUGAAAGGGAGAAGGAAAUGGCUUCAAGAAUCAGUAAAAUUUUCCAACAAACCAUUUGUGGAUUUGAUUUAUUGAGAGUUAAUAAUGAAUCUUAUGUGAUUGAUGUGAAUGGAUUUUCGUUUGUUAAAGAUAACAAUGAGUAUUAUGAUACUUGUGCCUCUAUCUUAAGGAAUUUGUUUAUUGAAGCCAAAAAAUCAAGAGAUUAUUUAAAGACUCAACUUCCUGAUCAUACCAAAAUGUUAAACAUGCAUCAAUAUGAAGAGAAGGAACAAAAAUGGGUAUUAAAGGGUAUGGUUUCAGUUAUUAGACAUGCAGAUCGUACUCCCAAACAGAAGUUCAAAUAUUCCUUCAGAUCACCAUUAUUUAUUUCUUUAUUGAAGGGCCAUAAGGAAGAAGUCAUUAUAAGAGCUGUUCCAGAUUUACAAGUUGUGUUAGAAACGGUCAAGAUUGCCGAAGAAAAGGGGUUGGAAGAUUUAACUAAAUUGAAACAAUUACGUGGAGCAUUGGAGAAGAAACUUAAAUUCCCUGGUACUAAAAUUCAAUUGAAGCCUUCAUUAAAUAAAGAAAAUCCAGAAGUAGUUGAUAAAGUACAAUUUAUACUUAAAUGGGGUGGAGAACCUACUCAUUCUGCUCAAUUUCAAGCAAGUGAUUUUGGUGAACAAGUAAGACAGAAUAUUUUAUUAUUGAAUCCUCAAGCGUUGGAUAAUGUUAAGGUAUAUACAUCAUCUGAAAGAAGAGUUAUUGCUAGUGCCAAAUUGUCAUCAUUACCAAUAUUGGGUUUAGAUAAGGACCAUGAUGUUUUACCGGAAGAUUUUCUUAUUAUUAGAAAGGAUUUAUUGGAUGAUUCCAAUGCAGCUAAGGAUUUAAUGGAUAAGGUUAAGAAGAAGCUAAAGCCAUUAAUUAGACAAGGAGCUGAGGCCCCACCCCAAUUCACUUGGCCUCCUAAAAUGCCUGAACCAUUUGCAGUUAUGAAACGGGUCUGUGAAUUGAUGAGGUUUUACCAUCACAUUAUGGAAUAUAACUUUGAAACUCAAGACGUUGAUAAGUUUCAAGAUACUUGGUGUUGCGGAGAAGAUCCAUUCCUUUUCAGAGAAAGAUGGGAUAAGUUGUUCAUUGAGUUCACUGUAGCAGAUAAAACGCAUCCUUCCAAGAUUUCCGAAUUAUAUGACACGAUGAAGUAUGAUGCUUUACAUAACAGACAGUUUUUGGAGAAGAUCUUUGCGUUUGACCCAAAAAAUGAAGAGCUUUUGAUGAAGUUGAAUGCUACUUGUGGUGAUACGGUCAAUUCUGAAGGGUUAACGUUUGAAUAUCCUAUCAAUGUCUUAGCCAUGAAUACAUUCAAAAUCCCUGGCAAGAACCCAAUUUCUUCGUCAUCUGCUGGCUCAUUAGGCUGGCUGUUACAAGGAACGAACUCACCCGCUGAUAAAGAUAAUCAUAAUGUUUUUGAUCAACCAAUGUAUGCCAGAUUAAGAGAAUUAUAUCGAUUAUCCAAGGUACUCUUUGAUUUCAUUUGUCCUCAAGAAUAUGGGAUAAAGGAUGAAGAGAAGCUUGAUAUUGGCUUGUUGACGUCGCUACCAUUGGCCAAGCUGAUAUUGUCUGAUAUUCAAGAUAUGAGAAGAAAUGAUACUGGAUCCAUGGUACUUUAUUUCACCAAGGAAUCUCACAUCUAUACCCUUUUGAAUAUCAUUUACGAGUCCCAGUUGCCUAUGAAGGUUGCACGGAAUGCAUUACCCGAAUUGGACUACUUGUCGCAAAUUGUGUUUGAGUUAUACGAGGCGUACGACCCCACGAGCCCCACCGGAAAGAAACACUCAAUUAGGUUAUCGUUAUCUCCGGGAUGCCAUACACAAGAUCCAUUAGAUGUUCAAAUUGAUAAUGACCAUUACAUUGGUAACAUCCCUCGAAUUAACUUAACAAGACACAUGGAUAUUGAUUUGGUUAUUCAAAAGCUUAGAUCAAAGUUUACCCGGGUCUCGUUGCCAAAGAAGUUCACCGCAGUCAACAUCUCCAGUCCGUUACAACAGGGCAUAUAA